GGUAGCCAUGAACAGCGUAGGGGAGGCCUGCACGGACAUGAAGCGCGAGUACGACCAGUGCUUCAAUCGCUGGUUUGCCGAGAAGUUUCUCAAGGGGGACGGCUCCGGGGAUCCGUGCACCGACCUUUUCAAACGUUACCAGCAGUGUGUUCAGAAAGCAAUAAAGGAGAAAGAGAUUCCUAUUGAAGGAUUGGAAUUCAUGGGCCAUGGCAAAGAAAAGCCUGAAAACUCUUCUUGACCUUGACAGUCACCUUGAAAACAGAUUCCUCAAAUCAGGAAAUUGAGGACUUUGGAUUAUGUCAACCAAGGCUGUGAAGAUAGCCAUCAGAUUUGAUGAGGAAUUUAGGAGAGAAGAGUUUUAUUUCCUCCUCCUUGAUGUUUUCCUCAAGUUUUAAAAGGCGAACUCUUUGAUGAUUUCUCACUUUUUCUGGCAUCUUACAAGAACUCAAUGCGCCAACAUGGAAUAAUUUCUUAGAACACAAUGUGCUAAACAUGGAAUAAUUUCUUGGGGUUAUGAUUGUAAUAUUUAAUUUGGGAUCAGCUUUAACUAUAUCUUGUAUGUAGAUAAACUAGUCAGGAUGAUCAAGGUUGCCUGACCUCUUGAUUUUUGCUGCAAAGGACAUUAUGUAUACUAUACUGAGGUCAUUGUUAAGGAAAGCAAUUGGUUGGGACCUCUUUUUUCUCUCAGGGAACUAAUGCUCUGAAAAGGGAUCCGGGCACAUUUUCAAUCAGAAAAUGUGCUUGGGAGCACAGUUUUAUUUUUAUAAAGUAACUAACAGUUAAGCAACUGGUGGCCUGGAUUCACAAAAAGGAAGACAGCUUUUAACAGUUCCCUGCCUUAAAGAGAGGUGUUGGAUUAAAAUGUGAAAGCUUCAAGAAUGUUGCAGUGAACACCACAGUGUAGUUCAAGAAUUAAGAUGCUUGGAGUCACUGGAAGAAAAACCUGAAUAGCAAAGAUUUGCUGCUGCCAGCUUCAACCCACAUCAGUGAAUUAAGUCAUCCUGCAUAUGUAAA